AUGGCGGCCGUGCGCGCGGAGGAGGUGCUGGCGGCGGCGGCGGCGCGCGAGGCCGAGCAGCAGCGCGGCGUGGCCGUGCACAAGGACCUGGAGCUCGAGUUCGACCUGGGCAACCUGCUGGCGCUGGACCGCAACCCGCCGGCGCUGCGCGGCGCGGCGGAGCGGCGCGAGGCGCUGCUGCGCGCGCUGGCCCGCGGCAACGCGCAGCCCGCGGAGCCGCCGGCGCGCGGCGCCGGGCGCAAGCGCCGCUUCGAGCCGCUGCUCGGGGACCUGGCGGCCGAGCGCGGCCGGCAGCUGGAGAUGCUGCGCGGCAUGAGCAGCAAGAAGCCGGCGCUGGACAUCACGCGCACCGUCAACAAGCAGCUCCGCGAGGAGGACGCCGAGGCGGCCGCCAAGGGCAGGAAGCGGGCGCAGCGCGGGAAGCGCGGCCGGCGGCAGCAGCAGCGGCCUGGCCGCGGCGGCAAGAAGAGCAGCAGCGGUGGCAAGAAGAGCGGCGGCGGGAAGCGGCAGCAGCAGCGGCCUGCCCUUGGUGGCGGCGGCAGGAGGAGGAAGGCGUGAGGCGCCCCGGCGGGCUGUGGGACAGAGCAGCCUGCAAGGCCUAUGGGGCCGGACGCGGCGCGGGACCGGGASCCACGUCGCCAGCUGACGGGUGGAUGAGGACUGACAGUACCAGCGUCCUGCCCCACACCUGGCGCCCGCACCUCCUUGUCAAUAAAUACGCUCUGUUUUUUAUAAAA